AUCUUUGGCUUCCUGGCAUUCAUGUGCACCAUCCUGGCCAUUGGCAACAGGAUCUGGGAGCAGCUUUGGGGGUCAGAGUUCACGGCCUUCCUGCCCAGACAGGGGGGAGUUGAUACCCCCUUCUCCGGCUUCCUCACCUUCUGGUCCUACGUCAUAAUCCUCAACACCGUCGUACCUAUCUCCUCUACUGUGGAGGUUAUCCGUCUGGGCAACAGUUUCUACAUCGACUGGGACAGGAAGAUGUACCAUGCCCGUAGUGACACCCCGGCCAAGGCCCGGACCACCACGCUGAACGAGGAACUGGGUCAGAUCAAAUACAUCUUCUCGGACAAGACAGGAACACUCACUCAGAACAUCAUGACAUUCAACAAGUGUUCCAUCAACGGGAAGAGCUACGGGGAAGUAUUUGGCUACACUGGCCAGAGACAGGAGAUCAACGAGCACACAGAAACAGUGGACUGGUCGUUCAACCCUUUGGCUGAUCAUCACUUCUCCUUCCAUGACCACUCCCUGGUGGAGGCUUUGAAGCUGGAGAGUCCUGAAGUCCAGUCCUUCUUCAGACUAUUGGCCCUCUGUCACACCGUUAUGGCUGAAGAGAAGAUAGAGG